AUGGCCGCCGUUACCACCCGUCGGCGUAGGCUCAACGUCGUCAAACGGUCAGCGCUGACGGCAAGGGCUAUGCCGACGGCCGCUCCUAUGCCGACAGGCCCCGUAGGCGUACCUCGAGCGGUCCCGACGGCCUCGUAUAUGCCGACGGCCCCGUCGGCAUAUAUGGAUUUAUGCCGAUGGCUUUUCUACGCCUACGGCCUGCCCUUGGCCGUCGGCAUAGCUGCAUUUAUGCCGACGGGUGCCGUCGGCAUAGAUUUGACCGUCGGCAAACCAAGUUUUUCUGGUAGUGUGCCAGCGCCGUGCGAGGUGCCCAUGCCACCAAAGUUCUCAAAGCCCACGGCACCGGCACCAGCGCCGGUUUCCUGCGUCGCCGCCGCCUCCAUAAAGCUUCAGCGGCUGUGCCCUGACUAUGAAGACGACAUCGACCACAACCUCCGGUUGACAGAGAAGAACGCCGAGGAGCGGCCGCUACCGGACUACCUGACGAAGGUGCAGCAGGAUCGGGUGAGCGAGUCAGCGCGCGCCUCCCUCGUCGGAUGGAUGGACAAGUUCGUUCGAGACCAUGAUCUGGCCGACGGCACGCUCCACCACGCCGUCGCCUACGUCGACCGGGUCCUGUCUGUGCGAGCCCUGACGACUGACAGCGGCUACGAGCUACGCCUCCUGGGUGCCGCGGCCAUCUUUGUCGCCGCCAAUUACGAGGACCGGAAAGCCGUGUGGAAGCUGAAGGCCGACCAGAUCGCCAGGUACGGCGAGUUCGCCGCGGGCAAAGAGGUGCUCGACAUGGAGCGCGAGAUGGUGGAGGCGCUCGGGUACCAGCUCGGCGGCCCCACGGCGCACACGUUCCUGAGCCACUUCAUGAGGUACGCCGAGGGGGAGGACAAGACCAAGAUCCUGCCAUUGGCGACUCGCCUCGUUGAUCAGUCUCUGCUCAACUACACGUGCCUCCGCAUCUUGCCGUCCCUCGUGGCGGCGUCCGCGAUCUCCCUCGCGAGGCGGACCCUGAAUCCGCCCGACGUCCUCGCGUGGAACAGGGAGCUGACGGAGCUGACGGGCUACAACUGCUCCGACAUGACAGCCUGCGUGCUUAAUAUGUUCUUCUUCUCGCGGUCGCUCAUCUGUAACCCUUCUUCUUGA